AUGUUAGACCAUGAUUUGUAUACAUCGUGUGCCGACGUGAAGAACUCCACCAACCCCAGACAACUUUUACAACUGUCGUCUGGUCUUGUCGUCAUGUGUGACACAGUGACAGAUGGAGGGGGCUGGACAAUUUUCCAACGUCGCGUCUCCGGUGUCGUGGACUUUUACCGCAACUGGGAGGAAUACAAACACGGGUUCGGAGACUUCGACGCUGGAGAAUUUUACCUGGGCAACGAAAACAUUUACUGUCUGACAGCAAACAGAUCACAUGAAUUAAGAAUUGACAUGACUUUCAAGGGGAAAAACUAUUACGCCUCGUAUUCGAGUUUUAAAAUACAAUCAGAAAAAGAGUUCUAUAAACUAUUUAUAAGUGGCUACUACGGUAAUGCAAGUGACAGCCUAAACACAGUUCACAACGGAAAAUAUUUUAGCACCUACGAUGUUGAUAAUGAUGAGGUCAAUUAUAAUUGUCCAGUAACGUAUCAGGGCGCUUGGUGGUACUCCAACUGCCACAUAUCAAACCUCAACGGUCGUUAUGGGAGUGUGCUCUUCGGGAAGGGUCUCUCGUGGAAAACUGUUACCACUUUGUAUGAUGGAGUGACCUAUUCUGAGAUGAAGUUAAGGCCUGUUGAGAUUUGA